ACAGCGGCGAGGUUCUGCGCGGGCGCGGAAGACGGGCGGCGCGUGGCGGAAGGCAGGCUUGCUCCUCGGGGUGGGGGAGGGUAUCCGGCUUAGCGGGGCUGCAGUGGACACCACUUCUUAAUGUCGGGGGUCUUCGCGGCGCUCACCUCGGCUCCUGGGGUUCAGGAAGGUACGCAGCACCCACCUUCGCGCUGAAGGCAGUAGGGCGCCACGGAGAGGAACCGCUGUAGGCACGUAAGGCCUCGUGAAGUUGCGUCGCACGCGGAGCACUCUGGGACUUGUAGUUCUGGAGAUGGAGCGAGCUGUGCCACUCGCUGUACCGCUGGGUCAGACAGAGGUGUUCCAGGCCUUGCAGCGGCUCCAUAUGACCAUCUUCUCCCAGACUGUCUCACCGUGUGGGAAGUUUCUGGCGGCUGGCAACAAUUAUGGGCAGAUUGCCAUCUUCAGCUUGUCUGCUGCUUUGAGCUCCGAAGCUAAAGAGGAAAGUAAGAAGCCAGUGAUGACUUUCCAAGCCCAUGAUGGGCCCGUCUAUAGCAUGGUCUCUACCGAUCGACAUCUGCUUAGUGCUGGGGAUGGGGAGGUGAAGGCCUGGCUUUGGGCGGAGAUGCUCAAGAAGGGGUGUAAGGAGCUGUGGCAUCGUCAGCCUCCGUACAGGACCAGCCUGGAAGUGCCUGAGAUCAAUGCUCUGCUGCUGGUCCCCAAGGAGAACUCCCUCAUCCUGGCUGGGGGAGACUGUCAGUUGCACACUAUGGACCUUGAAACUGGGACUUUCACGCGGGUCCUCCGGGGCCACACAGACUACAUCCAUUGCCUGGCACUGCGGGAAAGGAGCCCAGAGGUGCUGUCAGGUGGCGAGGAUGGAGCUGUUCGACUUUGGGACCUGCGCACAGCCAAGGAGGUCCAGACGAUCGAGGUCUAUAAGCACGAGGAGUGCUCGAGGCCCCACAAUGGGCGCUGGAUCGGAUGCUUGGCAACUGAUUCCGACUGGAUGGUCUGUGGAGGGGGCCCAGCCCUCACCCUCUGGCACCUCCGAUCCUCCACACCUACCACUGUCUUCCCCAUCCGGGCGCCACAGAAGCAUGUCACCUUCUACCAGGACCUGAUUCUGUCGGCUGGCCAGGGCCGCUGUGUCAACCAGUGGCAGCUGAGCGGGGAGCUGAAGGCCCAGGUGCCUGGCUCCUCCCCAGGGCUGCUCAGCCUCAGCCUCAACCAGCAGCCCGCCGCGCCUGAGUGCAAGGUCCUGACAGCUGCAGGUAACAGCUGCCGGGUGGAUGUCUUCACCAACCUGGGCUACCGAGCCUUCUCCCUGUCCUUCUGACCUCCGACGACACCCCCAGCCAGCCCAGGGUUUUAGAGUGUUUUUCAUUUUCUUUUUUACAAUAAAGUUUCAGGGUUUUUU